AUGGUUCGAGUUAAUACUUUAUUAUUGGUUUAUGCGGGAUUUCUAUAUCAUAUAAAGAUUGUAUCUUCAAUUGUGUUAGAUUUGGAUAAUGAAGAUAUUUCGAGAUUUUAUACAAUGAAAAUUGUUGAACAAGGAGUAACCAAGGUUAUGAUAUUAUCUACUCCAGAAAAUAAGAUAACUGAAAUACGUAAAGGUAAAAGUUUAAUUUGGAUGGCAGAUCCAGAUGAAUAUGUUAAAUGUUUCACUCGUAUUUCAAGUAGAUGGUAUUCUGAAGAACUUUCUACCAUUGAAAUUGAAAAUCCCAAAAAAACUAAGAUGUUUUAUCUACGUAAACAUUAUUUUUCUCACUUUUAUUAUAUCAGUAAAAAAGAUUUUGAACAAAGGUUUUUAACACUUACAAAAUAUUGCAAACAACUAGAAUAUAUGGACAAUGAAGUCGUAAAGGGGAAACGUAAAAUUCCUAGACUAAAUAUAAAAAGAAAACGUAAAUUUCCAUUUGAAAAAGAUGGCAUAGAAAAAACUACCAAAAAGGAGGCAGAGACACAAACAGAAGAUAAAGAACUAGAAUCAAUUCAUUUUGAAGUUUCAUCAGAUGAUGAACCAGAAAUAGAACCAGAAACUAUUCCAGUGGAAGUAGACUCAGAUGAUGAUGAGGUACCACUUGAUUUAUCACAAUAUUAUACUGAACCUAUAGAACAGACAGAACAUACUUCAACAGGGGAUUUGUUAUCAAGUCAUGAUGAAGAACAACCAAUUGAUCUAACUAUUAAACACAAAUCUAAAGCUCCUGAAUCAGUUGUAGAACCGACUGAACCAGAAACUAUUACAGUGGAUUUGUUAUCAAGUCAUGAUGAAGAACAUGAAGAUAGUGAUCUUUCAGAUAUUGAACUCCAAAUUUCAUCAGAUGAUGAAUCACAUGAAGACCAUACACAUCAGGAUUUAAUUAUUCUUGGAUCAGAACCAUCUGAGGAAUCACAUACAGAAGAUAAUAAUUCAUCGACUAUUGUUAGAACGGAAUCUACCAAACCACAACCUGAUAUAUCAACCGAAGAUACUCACACUCAAACUGACACAGAUAUAGAUAAAAAAACUCGUUCAUCUCUUCCACUUAAGAAAAGACCAUAUAAACAAGAUUAA